ACUCGCUUCAGAUUUUCAUUCUCUCUCUCAUUCACAUGAUACAAACCCUAAUUUCUUCAUCUUUUCUCUGUAUCUUUCGUUGGCAAUGGCAAGAACCAAGCAAACAGCAAGAAAAUCGACUGGAGGGAAGGCCCCAAGGAAGCAAUUAGCAACCAAGGCCGCCAGGAAGUCGGCUCCGGCGACCGGCGGGGUGAAGAAGCCCCACAGGUUCAGACCUGGGACGGUGGCUCUGAGGGAAAUCAGGAAGUACCAAAAGAGUACCGAGCUUUUGAUUCGAAAGCUUCCAUUCCAGAGGCUCGUUCGUGAGAUCGCUCAGGACUUUAAGACUGACCUUAGGUUCCAGAGCAGCGCAGUUUCUGCCUUACAGGAGGCCGCCGAGGCUUAUCUGGUUGGGUUGUUUGAAGACACCAACCUUUGUGCUAUUCACGCCAAGAGAGUCACAAUUAUGCCCAAGGACAUUCAGCUUGCACGAAGAAUUAGAGGGGAGAGGGCUUAAUGCGUUCUCUACAGGAUUCCCCUGCUGUUCUCUAAUAUAUGUUUCUCUAUCUGUAUACAAGAAGUUUAAGCAUAUUUUUCUUGUUCUGGUAGUCUUGUUUUGAAAUGAAGAAAUACAAGAUCCUGUUUGGAAUUUUGAUCCCUUUCAGGACACGCUUCAAUUAGUGAUUGAUUCACGGUUAAGACAAAAAAUCCUCAAUUGUGAUCAUAGACAAGAUGCGAUUUUCCUUAUUAGAAAUGAGAUCCAAUAAGAUUAAACCUGGAAUUGUCUUA